AAGCAACCAGUAGAGGUCUAUCACGACCCUAAAAUCGAAAGUACUACCAUCUGCACUUUUGAGCCAGCAACGUCGCCUGUAAGUACCUUGGGCGGGACGGUAGACGAGCAACACUGAGCUGGUCGCUGAUUGCUUGAGCGUUCCUGGUUUCGGCUUCUCCAUUGGCUGUCAAAACGUGUUCUUGUGAAGCUGUAUGCAAAUUGCCCCAUGUACGGAUGGAGACUGUGGAGCGCUUUGGUCACUGUCAGCAGAGCUUGACUGAAGGGAGGAAGGGGGCGUGCCACUCAGCGGUCAGGAUACUCAACCAUAUUUCAUUGCAAUGGCUUAGAAACACAUUUUCUAUAAUUUUUUUAAAGUGAAGUUGGUCCGUAUUCGUCUGCAACAAUUGCGUGUUUUGCCGUUUCCACUCUGUCCAAUGAAUUGCACAAGGUAAGCUCACAGAGCGUGAGACGAAGCGCUUCGAUGGAACGAACUAAGCUUAGAGAGUCCUACACAUGCUUAACCCUAGGCCGAUGCCAGGUCCUAUCAUGCCAGUAGAUGUAGCCAUGAGGAUCUGCCUGGCGAGCUCGCCACCCCUCCGUAGCUUCCUGAGCACGUACGAGGACUGCCGGUCACGAAACCUGGUCAACCGCUACAAACCUCUGAGGCCAUGCAUUAGUUCUAAGCAGGAGGUGGAGGCUUCUAGUCUGGGAUGGAAGAGUCCAAGGGCCAAGGGAAAGAAGCGGGUGGUUUUUGCCGAUUCAAAAGGCAUGUCCCUAACGGCCAUUCACAUAUUCAAGGAGUUUGAGGAGGACCCAUUGUCUGACCUGCAGUUUGACCUGUCUGACCUGGCCAAUGCCACCAGCAGCCUCAAGGUUUCCACAGAGAAAAGUUUUACUCUGGACUUUCCUCAGCCAGCUGCAGACUACCUUGAUUUCAGGAACAGGCUUAAGAAGAACCAAGUGUGUCUGGAAAACUGCACAUUUCAGGAACGUUCUCUCACCGGUACCGUAAAAGUCAGGAACAUCAGCUUUGAGAAGUCGGUCUCCAUCCGGAUAACAUUUGACUCAUGGAAAACCCACACGGACGUUGCUUGUACCUACCUGAACAAUGUGUACGGUUGUUCGGACACCGACACCUUUGCUUUCACCGUUGACAUGCCAAGUUCUGUGCCUUUACAUGAGCGUGUAGAGUUUUGCAUAUGCUACACCUCCCAGGGUCAGAUGUUCUGGGACAACAAUGAUGAGAAGAACUACAAGUUGCUCCACAACGAUACUGACACAGACCAGAACAGCAACCCCUUAAUUCAAACCAUCACAGCCGUUGAAUUCAAGAGAGACGGGAAGAAGCCAGAGAUGGAGUUUGACCAGUUUGGGAGCCCGAGGACAUCCAGUGGGUUCUUUCCUGAGUGGCAGAGCUGGGGACACAUAGAGAGCACAGCCCCAUACUGGUAAAGCAACAAGGUCCUUUAUAAGAGAAAUCUACAAGAGGCUUCGAACAUCUUAUAAUCUAUUUGCUUGAAGUUCACGGAGCAGGUGACAAACUCAAGUGUGAUGAUGAGGGCUGUCCGAGAAUGAAGAGUUAACUACAGUAAGAACAAUUAUGAAUUUAAGCAAGUGUGACUCAACAGUUGAGGUUGUUCUCGGGGCCCUAAAAUUGACAGUCCUUUUGUCACUACAACGGAAAGGUUCAGAAUGGUUGGAAGACACACAUCUGUAAGCAACUGUGUGAGCCUGUUGUGAUUACCUAGUUAAUCCCCUUAUCGCUGUGACCAGUUCACAACAUAAAGCAUUGUGGUAAAAUUAAAUCAUAGGCACACAAAUAUUAUGAUUGAAAUUGCCUACAAUGAACAACAAAUUGCAAUGGGAAUUCAAAGUGCAUCGAUGUCUACAACAUGGUUUAGGGUUUAAUAGUGGGCUACAUUUUUACAGUUGAUUAAAAUAUUUUAUAGACUUGAAAUUUGUUAAAUCCUUAAUCGUUUUUUGUAACAUGGCUGCCUUUCUUUGUAAAAUCACUUUGAUUGUCCGCUAUUUGUAAUAGAAUGGCACUAGUUUACCCUCUGUAUACACAGUAAUGCUUUUCCAAAUACAGGUAGAUGGUUCCAGAUUUUGGAGCCUGCACUUUAGUUCAUAUUUUCAAAAGAGGUUGUGCAUUUUAAAUGUAAAUGGAGAUCUGUUUGGUGUGGCUAUAUCAACAGAAUUAGUUUUACCUUACCUUUCAUAGCUUGGCUAGAUGUACAGUAAGGAUGUCAGUGUCAUGUUAAUUCACCCAGAUGUUGCCAGACAUGAUGUACGAUUUCAGGGCAGAUUUGCACUGACUGAAUACAGUAUGCCUUUUAAAUUGGGAGAAAGUGAAAGAAAUAAGAAGUUAAAUGUGAUGAUUUGGUACAAGGUUGAUGUACUUCAUAUUGAAGUUGUGUCAAAUGCCAUGAUUGCUAUUUGAUAUAAUACCUUCAGGGGAAACAUAAAAAAGCAAUACAGGUAAAUAUGCAUGGUGAUACCCCAGAAUAUGAAUAGCAAUUACUGUAGGUGUUGGCCUUAAAGGAGCACCUCCCUUUAUUGCACAGUUUUCUGACAUCUAUUAUAUUUUUGCAAGGCCUUCACAUGCAAACACAUAAAAUGUGCUCUUCCUAAUCUUCUCUUGUAAAUGUGUGCUGCUACUGUACGUAUGGUAUGUUUUACCUACAAUGUGUUCACGGACCCACGGUAUGGGAACUGUCUGCAGUGUGAAUGAGUGAGGGAGUGGGAAUGUAAUUAUUUAAGGAAUGCAAUGGUAUGUAAGGGAAGGACUUUUAAGGAGGUCAGUAUUAGAGGGUUAUGCAUUGGGACUGACACUUCACAAUUUCCUAGGAAGUGGUGAACUUGGUUAGCUACUUUGUUUCUGACGUGUACAUAAGCAUGAGGCUGAAUGUAAAGGGCUACGACACAAGCCAUGGUGUCAAAACACCGUUAUCUAUUUCGUGUGCAAGGAAAGGUUUUUCUGUGUAAAAAAACAAACUGUUUUCUGUGUUCCUUUGAGUAAUAAAAACAAAAAAAAACAAAUGUUUAGUAGUGUGAAAGACUUCUGACUUUCAAUUCUGGACUUCCAACUGACAUUACAGUCUAUGCAUUGUUAUGAAGAGAAAAGCAGACGUG